UUUUUCAGGGUGUUGGCAGAGAAUGAAUUUGGUAUUGGUCUUCCAGUGGAAACAUGAUUCUAUUAAAGUUUCUGAAAAACCUCUUCCACCAGGCAAAAUUACUCUUAAAGAGGUCACAAGAACCAGUGUUACCUUAUCUUGGGAGAAGCCUGAUCAUGAUGGAGGCAGUCGGAUUACAGGAUACAUUGUUGAGAUGCAAGGAAAAGGCAAAGAAAAAUGGACACAGUACACAGUUGUAAAAGUAACAGCAGCUGUAGUAGCUGGAUUGACACAAGGGGAAGAGUACUCUUUUCGCAUUUUAGCAACCAAUGACAAAGGAAUAAGUGAUCCUCGCCUAUUAGGUGUGCCUGUAGUGGCUAAAGAUAUUGUCAUCACACCAACCUUCAAGGUUUUGUUCAGCACAUUUAGUGUUUUGGCUGGUGAUGACCUUAAAAUUGAUGUGCCAUAUGCAGCUCAGCCAAAGGCAUCUGUCAUAUGGCUCAAAGAUGGUCUUGCUCUGAAAGAAACCACAAGGGUCAAUUCAGAUGUCACUGACAACAACCUACAUCUUGUAGUCAAGGAGGCAACUAGAGAUGAUGUUGGCAAGUACACCAUUAAACUUACAAACACAGCAGGUGAGGCCACAACAGACAUUUCUGUUGUUGUUCUGGACAAGCCUGGUCCACCAACUGGUCCCAUCCAGAUUGAUGAAGUGACAGCUGAUAGCAUGACCCUGACAUGGCAACCUCCUAAAUAUGAUGGUGGCUGCGCUAUCAAUAACUACAUUGUGGAAAAGAGAGACACCUCAACAACAAACUGGCAGACUGUGUCUUCAACUGUAGCAAGAACAACUACUAAAGCAGCCAGGCUUAAGACUGGCUGUGAGUAUCAGUUCAGAAUUGCAGCAGAAAACAGAUAUGGAAAGAGUUCUGUACUGGUGUCUGAAGCAAUGGUUGCUCAGUAUCCAUUUGUUGUCCCUAGUUCUCCUGGCACUCCCUUUGUACAAUCUGCAACAAAGGACACCAUGCUUGUUUUGUGGGACAAACCAGACAGUGAUGGUGGAAGCAAGAUUCUUGGUUAUCACCUUGAAAGUAAGGAAAAAAACAAUAUUCUUUGGGUGAAACAGAACAGACAAAUUAUUCCUGAAAUAAAAUUCAAAGUUUCCGGCCUUGAAGAAGGUAUUGAAUAUGAAUUCAGAGUGUAUGCAGAAAAUAUUGUUGGUUUGAGCAAAGCCAGCAAAUUGUCAGAAAUACAAGUUGCCAGAGAUCCUUGUGAACCUCCAGGCAAGCCUGAAGCAGUCAUUGUUACUAAAAGUGAUGUUACCCUCAGAUGGACCAAACCAGAUUAUAUUGGUGGUAUCAAAAUCACUGGCUACUUGGUUGAGAAAAAAGAAUGUCCUGAUGGUCGCUGGAUGAAAGCCAAUUUUAACAUCAUUGAAACAGAAUUUGUGGUCACUGGCCUUGUUGAGGAUCAGAUAUAUGAAUUCCGUGUCAUUUCAAAAAACUGCUGCUGGAGUGGCAAGUGUGCCAUCUCCAAGCACUGGAGAAAUCACAGCAAAGGAUGA